AUGAAAGUCGUGCCCGUCGUUCUUCUCGCCGCACUGGCUGUCUCGAGUGUCUCCGGGGCCACAACGAGCCCCAGCACGACACCUACUGAGCCUAUUGCUACUACGGCUACGGCUACGGCCCCUACCCGAGAUCCGACCAGGACCACGUCCGCGACCACGACCACUGAUCCGACCACGACCGGUGCGGCUCCUGUUGUUUCCCCACCGGCAGUGGAAGAGGAGGGACUGGUAAACUCGGCGACCGCAUCGACCGACGUGGACUCGACGUUAACAGUGCCAAAGGGGUCGGCGGCGGCAGACGACCUCUUGGCCUCGAGCAACAACUCGUCGUCCCUUUUGCUCGACGAGACGGUCCUGACCUCGGGCUCGGGCAACGACACAACGUCCGACUCGUCGACUGCUGCGAUGCUCGACGACGAGGAAGGGGCGGACUUGGACGCGGCGUCCGCGUCAAGGGACACCACACCCACAGUAGACGACGACGGCACGGCGCAGACGGGUUCGGACGCGGGCCCUGACGGCAAAGGAGGGGGUGCAAUUGCGCCCCGUCUCGUCCCACUGCCGUCGAGUUCCUCGGACGCGGUCCCGCACCUGACGGCAGCAAUGGGCUCUGCCGCAGCUGUUGCUAUUGCUGUUGGGGCGUAUUUCCUAUAG